AUGAGCACCUGGAGGGGAACUAGUUCUACUGGCACCGCACUCUCACGGCAAUUCUCACCUUCCAGAAAGCGAAUCAUGGGUGUCUGGGUGAAAAGUAGUUCUACGGGCCCAGAUCUAAUUCCACGGUUCCACGAGACUCCUACAGUAUCAGAACGACGCCGAACCGUGGAUAGCACUAUUCCCAAUGAUAAAAUUAACGGCAAAAAGACCACUUUGCCAGAAGCAAUCUGGAUGUGGCCUUCGGUCCCGCGCAUCCUUACAUCGUUUCAGACCCAGCAUGACACCGACGUGCCGCUGGUCAUGUCUCCCGAUACGUUAAUAUACGAUGAACCAGAGGCUGUCGAUGGUACAUCAAGCCAGGACAUAACCAAGGAGGAAAGGCAAUUGUCUAUGCUGCAGGGCCAAACCAUGGUCGAAGACGAAAAACCGGGAAGUGGUCAUGUUUGGGACAUUUAUCCAACCAUGCCAAAACACAUCCGUCGAUGGCACAAGCCAGCCCCAAUUUACGUCGCAAACAUUCCGAUUGCCCCAGGCUCACUCGCUAUGAAUUGCAAGCUAAAAGAACUGCCAAAAGGGUGGACGAUGUAUAUUCAUCCUGAAGGGAAGCCGUACUAUCAUCGUGAGGCCAUGGAGCCUGAGGACAACCUAUUGGAAGGAACGCCGCUGUACGGUAAAGGCAAGGCAGUCUGCCCUCCAUUGUCGAUCGUGACAGACAGCGACCCGCGCGAUCAUGUGGUGCGCAAGACGCUGGAGCAUGCCCAUUUUAUCGCUCGUGUCACUGUCAUGGAGAAUAAGUUUGAGCUCCCAAAGCGGUGCGAGCUGUUCAUCGAGCUUUAUCGGGAAGAUGAAGAAGACUUGCGGCCUUAUGCAGGGUAUUAUCUCGCAGAUCACGAUAACCAAGUCGUCUUCUGGGCAGCGUCAACUACUAUUAAUGACAUCGGAGGUUUGAAGGUCAACCCUGAAACUUUUGCCAACCAACACCUUCGACUACAACUCGCUUCACAAUAUUGGUCUCACAUUGAAUGCUAUCCCAUCGACUCCAACAUUGAUAUCAACGCGGCCCACAAAUAUCUAACCGAACAAAUCGCGUUCAUGUGCACCGACAUCGCAACUUCGGCAUCCUCUACAUCUCCAUGGACGGAGAGCCAAUGCCAAUCCUUCCUCUCUAUGCUCAAUCACUGCCCACCUGGCCGUAAGACGUGGACUGUAGCCCGUCUGACUGCUCUCAUGAUGGACUGGCAAUUCCAGAACCUCUACGGCCACCCGGCUGCUCGACUCGACCGUUGCCACUCGUACGAGGUUGAAGUGCCCGACAUCCCUCUCGAGGAUAAACCUGCCGCAGACAAAGAAAAUGCCGAUAUGCCGUCCAUUCUUACCGCAGAACCUGACACAAGAACCUCUCAGCAACAGCUGAGCGUGGUUUACCAAUUCAUGCUGGCAGUUCUCCUUCGCAUAGCAUGUGUGCUCAUCUUCGACAUAUCGGCGACACACCACCGUGCGCUAGAAGGAUUGUCGGUGGAUAAGAUUACAAGCCAAAGACGUACCCAGCUUUUCAUCGAUGAAACACUCAAGGAUUGGACCGACACUAGCCUUCUUGCGACGGUGCUCUGGACGGCCAAUAUGGCAUUUUUGGCUAUCCCAUACCCGAUCCAACAGCAGUCGCAGAUAGGCCUUCAAGAAAUCAUGCGUAAUACCAUGAUAACUGCUUCUCUCGCCUCGACAAUGUUUUCAAUUGGCUCGAUCGCCAUUGGUUUACUGCAUAUCCGGAUUUACCGGACGGUACGGACUGCAGAGGACCACUCUAAGUAUAUAUAUACGAAGUAUCAUCACGCCUUUGGAUACCGACCACUUGCUAUCAUCUGGCGACUGCCUUUUACUCUUUUGGCAUGGAGUGUCAUCACCUUCAGUGCUGCGGUCAUGAUCUUCACUGUCACAGCUGCUAACAAUGGAACAAGGUAUCUGCUCAUUACACUGGGCAUGUUCAUUGUGGCAGAGGUGGCGCUUUGCAUGUGGUACUUCUGGUCACAUGGUAAUGAGGGAGGGUCAAGGCUGGACUUCAAGGCAAUCUUUAUAAAUUGGUUAGUACUGCCGGAACACGAUUCGGCGACGCCCGAUAAGAAACCAAUAUAG